UCGGGUCACAAUCGCGCGGUUUGGCACAAAAACUUGCACUGUCGUGCAUGAACGUAGUUUGUUUGAAAUUUUAUUAAAACAGCGGAUAUUGUUGAAAACGAACCGUAUAAAAUUGUAUACAGUCGAUUGAUUAGAGACCAACUUAGCGGGGGCAAUCGAAGACAGACACACAUUCAAAACAUUUGCAAAGAACGGUGACGCAACAGUAAUGGAUGCGGACGACGACGAGGAAAACGGAGUCUGUGAAAAAUAGUGAGAAACCGGCAGAUAUGAAACCAAAAAAAUAAGAAAACCCUGUAAAUAUCUCGUACCGGUUACAAUUUAAACGCCAUGACGAUCAUCCGAAAUCAGAGAUCUCUGCCAUUGAUGUGUUCGAGGGUCUUGGCGCUUUGGACUAUGACUGUGCUGUGCACGAAUGGCUUCCAAUAUGACGGCGGAGGAGUAAGUGUGCCCAGGAAGAUCCGCCACGACCACAAGGGGCAACAAAACAAUGAGGGCACACAGUCGGUGAUAGAUUUUGAGUUCGAGACCACCAGAGGAAUUGACUACGGUGACGGUUACGGCUUAGAGGAAGACCCAUCCGAGGAGGCGACUGUAGAAUUGCUUCACGACAUGUACGACACGCGGAAAGGAAUCGUGGCCAACAUUAUUUACCAAGUGAGAAUCAAUUGCACGACGACUCUGUACAACUACACUUUAAGCGUGAACGGAAAGCUAUUAGCCCGUGGACAACCUUCCAACGGUGACCCUAUAACGUUGAACUGGACUGCCACGGCUGCGGAUCGUUCGCACAAAUAUCUCACGUUCAGAUUGGAGUACAGUACGAUGGCCACGUCGGAGAUCAACCUAUCGAAAAAAAGAUUCCUACUUCUAAAAGACUGCGAUUUACAUUUGUUACCCGAAUGGGGUUCUCUGUCUUCCAAAGACCUACCGACGGCCGCACACGGUGAGUGCGUGCUCAGGUUCCCUCAACAGCACCGGGCCCGGCUGAUCGUCGACUUGACCAAGUUGAACGUGCCGUGCAAACGCGGCCAUCUCCAGCUGUCCGGCUAUGAUCCCGUGUGCGGAAAGCUAGAAGACCUGCACGAGUCGAGUAAACACUAUGCGUUCGACGUGGGCAAACCGCCGUCGAUAAGUUUUUCGGGCGGCAGGUUCGCCUUCUCGUUGACCUAUAGAUAUGCCGCCAGCUGUUUUGACAACGAGGUGACACACCAGAACGGCACCAUCAUGUUUGACGCCGGGCUCGAGUGCCGGUACGAAAUCGUUCAGCCCUACGGUUACAGAAUCAGGUUGCUCAUCAACACUGUACCGUACGGACAUUCCGAACUCACGGGAGACACCACCGAGGCGGUCAAACCGCUAGCGAUUGAUAUCCUAACGAUCCAACAAUCCACGGCCGCCGCGUGCAACGGUAUGCUGUUCCGGUUGACCGACGGCCACGUACGAUGGUCCCACUGCGCGAUGGCCGACAGCAUUAAGCGACGUAUGUCGAUGUUGUCCAAAGCCAAUGUAGUCCUGUUGGAAUCGUCAUCGGCGUCGUCGCGGGCGCCCACGCUCAUAGUGUCUUACCGGGCAGAACCCGUGGCCGAAAUCGUACAGCAGUGUUUGUACGGUUCUGUGUCACUCAAGGCCGGUCGGUGUCUGACCAUCGUCAACGAAAUGCUCAACUGGAACGAAGCCGAAGAGUUUUGCGUCCGGAACGGCGGCGGUCACCUGGCCAGCAUAGACAGUUACCAGACGCAGUCACUGGUCGAUACCAUCCUGAUUAACAGUCCCGGUUACAGCGACAACGCCGCUUACUGGAUAGGAGCAACGGACGCGAACAACGAAGGUUUUUUCAAGUGGACCGACUCGUCGCCAUUCAGUUAUUCUAAUUGGUAUCAGGGAUACGUGCAUCAGUCGCACGGUGGAUCUAAUUCGAAACAACCUAACGAUGACGGGCUCAGCCGACAAGACUGUGUCGAGCUGCGGCAAGUGUACGUAUCGCAAAAUCGUUUAUUCAAGUACUUCAAUCGAAACGCCUCGUACACGUGGAACGACCGGGAUUGCUCGGUGAAAAACCGAUUUCUGUGUCAAACGCAACAACAUGCAUCUCCGACCAAUUAUUACGAUUCAGACGAGACGAACUGCAACUUGACGAUUAAAUUAACAACUGAAAUGCGAUUCGUUUCGGUAUCGAGCCCGGGAUUUCCACAACCUUAUCCGGACAACUUGGACUGCACCGUCAGCUUGGAAGUACCGCAUGACUACCAAAUAGAAGUAGAGUUUGAAGAGCUGAUAUUAGAAAACGAAUCAACAUGUAGCUACGAUUACGUGGAACUAAUUGCUGGGGAUGAGGGCCAGGGACCUAAGUACUGCGGUGAUAAGAGCGAUGUACUCAAACUGACGAGGUACGUCACCAAGAAGUCCAAGUUGAGAAUACAUUUCGUGUCGGACUACUCGCACUCGUUUAGUGGAUACAAGGCUCGGGUUUCGGCCGAGCACGUGAACAACGAGUGUGACGACGCAAGGCAACAGAUGUACAACGGAUCGUGUUACCUGUUCGCCAGCUACCCCGAAGUGUCAUGGCAUACGGCCAGGAGUAUUUGUAACGGAAUAAAAGCCGAGCUAGCCAGCGUGCACAGUGCCGAAGAAGAACAGUUCGUCGAGUCGUUUAUACGAGAGUCGACUGAGAGUAGGUCUGCCAUUUAUUGGCUUGGAGGAGCGUGGGAUGACAAUUAUUGGCACUGGGUUGAUAAUUCGACUGAAACUUUUUCUGCUUGGUUAGCAACGGGAAACACUAAUACUCUGACAUCUUACAAGAAUUUGUGUCUGGCCAUCAGUUGGCUCAACUCACCACCGGCCAACCUUCCCAGAGGACUCUAUUGGACUGCAAACGUUUGCGAUACCGUCGGAGGAUACAUAUGCAAAAAAAAUCAAAUAAAGCCUUCGGAUUACUUUAACUUGAACAAGACGGUGACUGGCACGAGUGGCGUCCUGACUUCAUUGAACUACCCCGCCAACUACUAUCACAACUUGAAUUACUGGACGCACGUAGUAGGACCAGAACGGGCGCGAAUAGUAUUCCAAUUCGGUUCAAUAAACAUAGAACCGCAAGUGGACUGCCUAUACGACUCAGUGUCUGUGGUGGAGUUGACGGGGCGUGGGGACAACAGAACGAUGACGGUUUGCGGUUAUCGCGGUAACGACUUGGAAGACUAUAUUUUCGUCACGGAUUCCAACGAGGCUUUCGUUCACUUCCAAUCGGACUACUCGGUAUCAAAUUCCGGGUUUCACCUUAAAUGGAACGUGGUCGACAUGUCAGGAUGCCCUUCACAAACGCUUACAGGCUCCGAGGGACAGGUGAUCAGUCCGAACUACCCAAACUUCAUUCUGCCCAAUCUCAACUGCAUCACCAUGAUACUGGCACCGGUGGGUCGACGCAUAUGGAUUGAAUUCGUCGAUUACAACUUGGACGAUUCGCAGACGGUGAAAAUUUACCUGUCCAGAUCGGCAGACUACGUUAUGCCGUUCAAACAAGUGAAUUCCAUUAACGACGGCGCUUUCAUGUCGGAGGGCGAGAGUGUUAAAAUCGAAUACGUGACGAACCGUACGCCCCGGGGUAGGGGAUUCAAAAUAGCGUACAAAACGGUAUCCGAUUUGGACGAGGAACGUGCUAUAGUGUUGCCCAACGACACGGUUGGCUUUAUGUACAGACUAAACCAUCCGUUACCCAUGCAUUUCCCCAGACUCCGUUACAAACAAAGGCUGGUGACUUCCAUAGGAAACACCAUUCAACUACAGUUUAACCACGUGAUUCCCGCACAAAUGGACACAGCACUAGGCCGUACCGUCUGUCCAGGUCCACAAUCGGGUACCAUAAUCGAAAUUCACGAUCACUACGCCUCUCAAAACGGAACAUGGUGGCUGUUAUGCGAAAACUCCGAUCGAAUUAAGUCCGUACCAAUUUCAAUAUCGUCGUUUCUCAACACUAUGACUAUAGUCACGAUUUACGGCCAGACACAGACGGUCGAUUUGGUAUCUGUCAACAUUUCGGUGUCAGUGAAACACGACUCCAAGUCGAAAAACAAACUGAUCACGCUGUCAAAACUUCCGGUCAUGAAUCGCACGAAAAUCGAAUCGUGUGCGCCUAACCCAUGCAUUAACGGUGGAACGUGCGUGCUCAGCGAUGCUUCCAAGACUUACUACUGCAAAUGUCAAGGAAACUACACAGGUCUGUUCUGUUCGUUGAAUCACUGUGACCUGGACCAUUGCGUUUUCGGCGAGUGUCAGCUGACCGGCAACAACGGCUACGAGUGCAAAUGCCAAUACGGUUACACGGGUAGGUUCUGCAACGAGAAGAUCAAACCUUGUGACCUGAACCCCUGCAAGGACCGCGGCGAAUGCUUGGCGUUGGGCGAUUCCGACUACCAGUGCCGGUGUUAUGCGUAUUGGACGGGCGACCAGUGCGAGAAGAAAAUGCUUCACAUAACGUACAAACCGUUGACCGAGCGUAUGAUACAGGAACCGUUCUGGUUGGGUCUGUUGACAGUGUUCAUGGUGUUGGCCAUCUUGGGUAUAAUAUGGUGCGCCAAACGUCACGUGCCCGAAAAAAUCGAAAAGAUACUGUCCGAAGAAGCCGAACGCAGCAGACGAUUUACUGUGAACUCGUCUGGUCGGAUGUCGAGCAUGCGUGGCGAACUGCUGGUGCCCACCGUAUUGACAAACGGAGUUACACCCUCGGAGGAUGGGAACUCGCCGCAACAGUCACAAGCCAAAACGUUCCUCAGACGAUUGGGUAUAAGAAAACCUUCAUUAAUGAGCCUCACCAGUCCGUUACAGUCGGCCCGAACGGCUCGUACGUUCAGUCUGGACGACUUGCUCAGGCCACAAGCUCCGAGGUUCAACCAGCACCGGACCAAGCAGAAGAGCACGUCGCCGUCGAGACUUCGGACUUCCAUAGCGGACAAAUCGGAAAUCCUGCAACAACUGAUAUCGCCCGGCCUGGAGCGGCAGGCGAGUUUCAACGACGAGAUCAACCUGGUGGACAAGCUUUCCACGAACAACAUCAGUCCCAACGACAUAUACCUGCCGUUGUCGCACCGGUCGCAGGAGACCAGCUUUUCCAACGAUUGUUCAAUAGACGAGGCGGUGCAAAAGAUCGAGAAAAAGGUCACGUUCGCUCGGCUGAUGAACAAGUUUCAGUCGGAAAUGAGCUCGACCAGUUGCUCUGAAGUGGACGGGCACGCCAAACGAGCGUCGCGCUUGCCCAACCCCAACCAAGGCAGCGACUCCAUGUCCAGUCUGGAUUACGCUUUGGAGACUUGUCGAAAACCAAAUCAAUUACUCCUAAACGAGUACCAGCAACGGUCGUCCAAUCAAAAGGCGAUGAGCGCCGAUUCGAUACUGGCAAUGUUCCGUAGUUUCAAUCAGACGAUGGCUAUGACCGAAAUGGGAAACUACUUGUCGGCUUCGACCACACCGAGCUGUUCGAGUCUCCAAGACGAGAUAGUCGGUUGCAGCGAAGACGAUUCGUUGAUGUCCAGCGCCGUGCAUUCGCCUGGCAAAGAAUCGCCUACACGUUACCGGUACUCGAACACGAUUCAGCUGCCCGUGGUCGACAUGUUGAGCUCGCAGAGAAACAACUCGAACAGCCCUCUUAACAGUUUACAACACCCUCCGUCCAUACUGCUGGAAGUGCCCAACUACCGGAUGGAUUGUCUGUCGCCUAUCCAUGAGCUACCGACGCCCAUACCGUCACCUUCCCUCACGCCCGUCGUAUCCAGGAGGUCGGCGUUUGGCUGUCUUAAAGACGCCGGCGACCAGUCUCCAUUCAGCAGACCGUCGGAGCCGACACCAACCGAACAACAACAGCAGCUGAAACCCAUUCCCACGUUGGUCAUACAACAGCCGACACCCAUAAAUUCACCCAGCAUGGAGUUUCCAGGAUCACCGCCCCCGCACAAGGAGAAAAAGCUGAGUCGAAAAAUGUUGAAGGACAUGGACAAGCCUAUCUCGCUCGAUUUACCCGCUCCCCCACCCGUAAUCACGGUCACUUGCAUGAGCGACUCGGACACCGAGUCGGCGACUACUAAGAACGGUACGGACUCGUCAAAGAACGACUGCGUCGGCGGCGGCGCCAUGUGCUACCUAAGCCCUUUUUCCAUGUGCUCGCGCGCCGACCGAAUAGCGUCCGAGUCUAAUCUCAGCUCGUCCGGGUAUAGUUCUGGACCAUCACGGUGCAAUUCGAACACCAGGCUGUGCCCUCUUGAACCGGAAGAACAUCAACCGGUCAGACGAGCUUCGCCACUGAUCCACGCGCCGCCCAGGAUCAGGGAGGCCGACUCCGAAGAAACCACCUUUUCCGAGAACGACGACGAAGGUUUCGACACGGAACCGCCAGAUUCCAAGGCGUCUCCUCACAGGAAACCCUGGGCUCGAGACAAGAAAUCCGGUAAAACCUCCAUAGAAGCGGUCGAGGCGGCCGGGCAACCUACAAUGACGGUAGUCGACCAACCAAACUCCUGCGUCGCCAGCACGUCAGAGACCAUAGCCGCCGCCAACCGGCCGUCUUCUCCUUCGACGUCCGCUUAUCGACAUCCGUUGCCGUCUAUCAUGGUCCAACAAUAUCCAUCCACGUUACACCUAUCAACGGAUAUGCUGGAGAAGAGUCCGGUGAGCUCUAGAAGCGAGAGCCCGUUGAGCGACAAGACCGUGUUCAGGUUCUCGCCUAUGUUUUACGGUCGAAUUACCGACUCGGACAGUAUAUACGACUUUACCAGUUCAGAUUGCGUGGCCAAGAAGCGUACGGGAAAGAAGAGAGAACGCAAACGGAGAGCACAGACAACGGUGGAGUGUACGCCGGAUGUAAGUCUAUUGGACGUACCGUGCAGAACGGUCAAGAAACAAUCCCGGUCGAAACCCAACACCAGGCGACGGUCUAGGUCUCAACAAACGAUCAUACCCAGCUCAUCGUCGUCCACCGACAGCCUCAACGACACUAAGAAUGUCAAUUACAACAAACUCAAUUAUUUGGGCAAUUCGAUCAAGAGAAAUGUUUUGGCAGACGACUGGUUAACGGCGGCGGUUGUAGCGAAAAAUGGCCAAGACAAUAGCAGGAGGAAAUUCAAAUACGAUCAGACGAAGAGCAAGAAAUUGCGGUUCCAAAACAAAACCGUAAGCGACUGCGGACGAUACGGCGAGUCGGACUGUAACGACGAAGAAGACAUGGCGGGCUUCUCGUCUCUGCCAACACUAUUGCACUUCAAAGCCGAUCCGGUCAAAAGCACUGACAAGAUAACAAGACGAGAUAAACCCAGAAAACAGUCAAAAAAGAAAUCCGUCACUUCCGACUGACCUUGAGUGUAAAUUACUUUGCAGUGCAAAAACGUUUGAAACCCAAAAUAAAGUACAACAACUCAAUGUUCUACGAGGAAUUAUUCCAUUACAUUAUGAGUAAAAAGACAAGUGACAACCUUAAAAGUCCCAAUAGAUCAACUGUAGAAAAUCUAACGUUCAUUUUUAUUUGUAAAAAAAUUGUUUUUUUAAAUUUUUUAUAACAGAUUGUUUUUAAUCCGCUUAGUAACUAAACCUACAUAUUAUUACUAUUUUUAUGAGUAUUGCCAUUGAGUAUAAAUUAGAUAAUUUGUUACACUUUAUACUUAAUGGCAUUGCUCGCUAUAGUUAUUAUUAUAGUAAAGUCUGAAGUCUAGACAAUCUUAAAUAUUACAACCAGAGAGCAAUGCGAACUUGAUGGAUUCCCAUCGCUAGAAAAGCGUAAAACAUUAGCAAUACUUAUAUAUGUACAAUUUUUUUAAAAUUAAUAUUAUUUAAGUUAUAAUUAACUCAAACCAUUUAUUUUUAUUUCUUUUUCUAUCGCUUAAUAAAUAACAGAUCUGUGAUAUUACCA